CUCCACUCCCCAUCGGGCUUUCGUACAUCUGUCAAAUUAAAUGGUGAAUCGUCUGACGCAGGGCAAUUGUAGAAAUGGAAUCGUAACAAAUAAAGCCGUAACGUCUAAUGAAUAAUAUUUUAUUGAUGCAGGCUGAUGCCAGGAACUGAGAAGACUGUAUUAUAAUUUCCAUCACGAUGGCGUCUGUUCAACGCGCCUUUGCUCAUAAAUUGAGCAAACAGCAUGCUUCUGAUGUCAGACGUCAAAUAGCUACUUCCACAUCUUACUCUAGAGACUUAUCUAAAAGUGGAAGCAGUGUAUCUGGUUUUUCAUCAAUGAUGUCUCUAUGUGAGGUGCUAGAGCCAUUAGACUAUGAGGAAUUUUUAGCACAGCACCAGUCAGUAUUGGAUCGCGAUCCCCUCAGAUCAAUCUUGGAUUUCCCUCAAGGGGAUGUAGAGCUCAAGGUUGUUAAAAGAAAAAUUAGGACAGAGGAGCCUGUAGUACCUUCUGAACCUUUAGACACAGUUUCACCCUAUGUGCGAAGAUGUGUAGAAAGUUUUACUUCUGACUGGGUGAUAGUGAAUAGAAAAUAUAAACGUCGAGCUUCUCCCAUAGCAAGGGAUCAGCUGUUGCAAGAUACUCCGAGACAAGAUUUUGAGGUUGAUCAAGAAGAUGUUAAUGGCGCCGGAUCACCAAAUGAUGAAGAAGAUAUUUCAACUUCAGCAGAUACUCCACGAGGUUCCUGGGCCAGUUUGGAUCUACGUCAUUCUCAACAUGACCCAUUGUUGCCUGGUCUCUUGGACCGUGUCUGCCCAGAAACUGUAGAUCUAAACAAUGAACAGAAACGAUUAGAAGAUCGGCAGGAAGCUCUGUUUCCGCUGUAUGCACCUCCCUCUUCGCCAGAUGAUGAGUGGCAAGAAAUAAAUCCAGCUAUGGAACCAUCUGAGCCAUUUGCUCAUAAAAUCUUAGUCAAAUGUCUGCAACUGAAGUUAGAGCUAGAGGUUGAGCCCAUUUUCGCCAGUUUAGCAUUGUAUGAUGCUAGGGAGAAGAAAAAGGUUUCAGAAAAUUUUUAUGUCGAUAUGAAUUCUGAAGGACUAAAACGAAUGCUUGGCAGUCAUAUUGCUUACAGUGAUACAAGCACGCUAGCCAGGAGCUGUGUUUUAAGUAUCAGUAAGCCUAGUCCGGAUUUAUUUCUGGUUGUCAGAUUAGAGAAAGUUUUGCAAGGGGACAUUUCAGAAUGUGCUGAGCCUUAUUUGCGAGAGGAUAAAAACAAAGACAAGGUCCGAGCAGCUGCUGUAGCAGCUUGCGAACGACUUGGACGGUAUCGUAUGCCAUUGGCCUGGACUGCCAUUCACCUUUCCGGAGUUAUUGGUGGUGGUGGAGGAAAUGGUGACGCUGAGAGCACUGGAAGUGCAGGUUCCCUCGAUAGAAAAUCAGGAGGAUUAGAACAGUGGAGGAAAAAAGUGGAACCACCAACAAGGCGAGGCUCGUUAGAACGGCGUAGUUCAGACAAACGACGCAGCUGGUCUCCAGAUGACUUUGCAAAUUGUUUGGAUAGCUUCAGGCCAAUUACGCUGACAGUAUCUAGUUUUUUCAAACAAGAAAACGAGAGGCUUAGAGAUGAAGAUUUGUACAAGCUUCUGGCAGAACUGCGGAGGCCAGGAUCUAACUUGAAAAGAUUGAAAUGCUUACCAGGAAUUCUCAAACUAGACCUUAGUCCAAGGCCGGAUGAACUUCCUCGAUGCUUAGAUCCAGAUCUCAGAAGACUCACACCCUAUCCAGAUGAAAAAAGUCGGCCAUACAAAGAGAUACUUGAAUUUCCCAGUGAAGUUGUUUCACCGGAUUUGACAUACCGUAAUUUGCUUUACAUUUAUCCGAAAGAAGCUAAUUUUAGCUCACGGACUGGAUCGGCUCGUAACAUAGCUGUAAGAAUACAACUAAUGGGUGGUGAAUUGGAGGCUGAUGCACUAACUGCGAUUUUUGGACGCUCUUCGUGUCCAGAGAUGACCCAUGAGGCGUUCACGUCUGUGUCCUAUCAUAAUAAAAAUCCCAACUUCUAUGAUGAGAUUAAAAUAAGACUACCACCAGAUUUAAGUGCCAAGCAUCAUCUGUUGUUUACUUUUUAUCACAUCAGCUGUCAGAAAAAAGUGGAACAACCCAAUGUUGAAACACCAGUGGCUUAUACGUGGCUGCAACUACUGAGAGAUGGACAUUUGCAAUCGGGAGAAUUCUGUUUACCAGCUACACUUGAUCCGCCACCUGCAAAUUAUUCUUAUAUAGCCCCAGAUGUAUGUCUGCCAGGAACGAGAUGGGUGGAUGCCCACAAGGGAGUCUUCACGCUUAUUUUAGAACCGGUAUCUAGCGUUCAUCCUCAAGACAAGUACAUUGACAGAUUUCUGUCACUAUGUGGAUCUCUGGAAACUGGACACAUACCACCACGGAUCGGUGAGGCGGGUAUGGAAUCGGAACUGAAGUCAUCUAUGCUAGAAUUAGCCAGAGCAUCACCUUUGGCAUUGGUUAGGUCACUACCACAGCUGCUAGAUCAACUUGUGUGCUUAUUGGUCCGACCUCCGUCUUUACCUUCGCAGCCUCUCAACAUAGCUGCAGUUGCAUUUGAAGCUCUGGGCUUACUGGUCAGGAAUGUCACGAAUCUACCAGAUGGUCAAGUAGAUGCACAUGGACGUCAUGCUUUACUAGCUACUUAUACAGCAUACCAAUGCUAUCUACCAACCCUAUCACGUGGAUCAAGCGUUGCCCGAGCUCGUAGUAAUCCAGAUUUACCCGUCGAAGAUUUAGAAAUGGAAGCUCACACCCGAGGCUUGGACAGGACAGCUUCAAUGCGUCAAGAAUCUCCAUCUGUAAACAAUCAAACUUCUGGAAGGCUAUUGCAUGAAGAGCUAGCUCUUCAUUGGGUCGUUUCUACAGGACAAGCCCGAGAGCUGGCAAUAUCUCAUUCAUGGUUCUUCCUGGAGCUAAUUGUCCGAUCUAUGGUGGUUUCUUUGUCGGAAUUUGACGGUGCAAAACCUCCCAGAAAAUUGAGAUUCUCACCCCAGUUCUCAGAUGAUGUAGCGACUCUGCUCGCUGCUCUAACAUCUGAAGUGAUAGCCCGGUGUGGAAAAGAAAGUAGAACAGCUUCUAAUCUCGUCUCAAGUUUAGGAAAUUUCCUAUCAGACUUGCUGUCAAUCAUGGAUAGAGGAUUCGUACUCUCUUUGAUUCGCAUCAGUUGCUGUUCCCUCGCCGAAGCUGCAAUGCAUGUACCUGAUUCUGCUGCUCUAUUUGCACUGAAAUUAGAUCUGGUUAGGACCAUCUGCUCCCAUGAGCAUUACGUAGCCUUGAAUCUGCCCUUUGGGACUGGUUACACUGGAUGGUCAGGAUCAGCACCUGCAUCACCCAGUCCUUCAACAGGGAGUUCUGGCAGCUUGAUAUCCACUUUGGUACCAGGUGAAAGAGCAAGAUUUUCAGAGCUCAGUCAGGAGUUUAGACAACAGCAUUUUCUGGUCGGCCUUGUUCUCUCAGAUCUAGCUAAUACUCUGGAGAUACCAAACCCAACGCUACAAAAUAAAGCAAUUGGCACAGUUCGAUACCUCAUGGGUUGCCAUGAUGUAGACCCCAGGUACGCUGAUGUGUCUCCUAAAGCUCGUGUAGCUGCACUCUACUUACCAUUAUUGAAUAUUCUAAUGGAUGCCCUACCUCAACUGUAUCACUGGGAUUCUAAAGAGAGAAGUGUGUACCUGGAUGAAUCUGGUUCAAUUACUCAAUCAGUAGCCCUUGCAAUAGCUGGUGGUGGGUCAACGGAUGUAGCUGGAACGCAAUGCAGAGUUUCUCUCAGUUCUGAAGCCACUAGACAUUUACUUAUGUGUGCAUUGUGGGUUUUGAAAGGCCUCGAAAAAUCUGCGUUAGGACAGUGGUGCUCAGAACUCAGUUCCAGGCGUGUUCUGAGCCUUUUGCAAGUCCUCAAUAUUGCUACUGCAGCCUUUGAAUACAAAGGAAAAAGAGCACUCAAAAGAUGUCCACCUCAAGCUAGUGCAACGAGCGAUAUUCGAUCAAGAUUAGAAGAUGUUAUAUUGGGUCAGGGAAGCGCUAGAAGUGAAAUGAUGCUAAGGAGGAAAGAAAGAUCCAGUGGUGAUAGACUUAGAUGGAGAAAGGACCAAAUGCCUUACAGACCAAGCGAGCAGACCGAAGGCAGAGCUGUUGAACAGGAUGCUCAUAUCGAAGGAGCUCUUGCUGCAGAAGCUUCACUCGUAGUUUUGGAUACUCUGGAAUCUGUGGUACAAGCUGAUGGAGGGGGAGGUGCAGUAGUUGGUGCAGUCUUGAAAGUCCUUCUCAGGGCAUUAGCUAGGAAUCAGAGUACCUUAGUUCUUCAGCAUAUGUUCAAUACUCAAAGAGCUCUAGUCUUUAAGUAUCACAGUGCACUUUUUGAUGAAGAAAGUGAGCGAUGUGGAGACUUGUGUCUAACAUUACUGACCAGAUGUAGUUCGCCUUUGAGCGCUGUACGAAGCCACGCAGCAGCCAGUCUCUAUUUAUUGAUGAGACAAAAUUUCGAGAUUGGAAACAAUUUCGCUAGAGUGAAAAUGCAAGUCACGACAUCGCUAUCUGCAUUAGUUGGACGUGGCAGAGCACCAAGCGAAGGAGCACUAAGGCGAGCCUUGAAAACAGUUCUAGUUUAUGCUGAGCGAGAUACAGAGCUAGCUGAUACAAGCUUCCCUGAGCAGGUGAAAGAUUUGUUAUUCAAUCUUCACAUGAUUUUGUCUGAUACUGUGAAGAUGAAGGAAUUCCAAGAAGACCCUGAAAUGCUAUUGGAUCUGAUGUAUAGAAUCGCGAAAGGCUAUCAGGGAUCUCCAGACCUCAGACUCACUUGGUUAGCGAAUAUGGCUCAGCAGCAUAUGGAAAGAAAGAAUCAUACCGAAGCUGCAAUGUGUUUGGUGCAUAGUGCUGCUUUAGUUGCUGAAUAUCUUCAUCUAUUAGAACCGGGUGGCGGAGGUCGACCUGUAGGAGCAGUUGCUCUGGCUCCUGUGACCCCUAAUGCGCUGGAAGAAAGUGCUGUUGGUGAUGACGUUUUAGCUAGACGAGAGGAAGGCUUGUGCUUAGGCCCCGAUUUUUCGGAAAGUGGCCUAGCAGGUCUGCUUGAACAUGCUGCCAGCUCAUUGCAUGCAGCCGGAAUGUACGAGGCAAUCCCUGAUGUCUAUAGGGUAUUAUUACCGAUAUCCGAAGCGGCUCACGAUUACAAGAAAUUGGCAAACAUCCAUGGGAAAUUGCACGAGUCCUAUACCAGAGUGGAACAACUCGCUGGAAAGCGUGUGUUUGGCACAUACUUCCGAGUCGGAUUUUAUGGACCGCGUUUCGGUGAUUUGGCUGGCGAAGAGUUCGUCUACAAGGAACCAACUCUGACUAAGUUACCCGAAAUAUUUUCCAGGCUGGAGAAUUUCUAUGCUGAGAGAUUUGGAGCAGAAAAUACCGUUAUAAUAAAAGAUUCUAAUCCGGUAGAUCCUAGUAAACUAGAACCAGACAAGGCGUACGUUCAAAUCACUUAUGUCGAACCUUACUUUGAACUUCACGAGUUGCGACACAGGCCUACAGUAUUUCACCGAAAUUUCAAUAUCAAACGCUUUGUAUUUGCUACCCCAUUCACCCCUGGUGGUAAGGCGCAUGGUGAGUUGAGAGAACAGUGCAAGCGAAAGACGAUUCUAACUGUAGCAACACAUUUCCCGUAUUUAAAAACGAGGAUUCGAGUUGUGGCCAGAAAACAAAUAGUGCUCAGUCCCAUUGAGGUAGCGAUUGAGGACAUACAAAAGAAAACUGCUGAGGUGGCCGCGGCAACCGCACAAGAACCUCCAGAUGCUAAGAUGCUGCAGAUGGUUUUACAGGGUUGCAUUGGUACUACGGUUAAUCAAGGACCUGCCGAGGUCGCAGUAGUUUUUCUUUCUGGCUUGAGAGAGCAGAACGCUCAGCCUUCCAAGCUGCAGCAUAAGCUGCGCCUAUGUUUCAAAGAUUUCUCCAAAAAAUGUCUUGAUGCUCUAAGACGUAAUAAGAAUCUCAUCGGGCCUGACCAACGUGAUUACCAAAAAGAACUGGAACGAAAUUACCAAAGAUUAACUGAGAGGUUGACGCCUUUGAUCGCCUGGAGUGGUCCAGCUUUGGCUAGCCAACCGUUACCCACAUCACCACGCUGGUAAGAUUGGCGGAGCAAAAUUAUUUACCUUAUCAAUUAUUCACCAAAGAUAUUUCAAACUCAACAUUUAUAAGGAUAAAACACGUACUCGUAUGAUAUUCAAUUAUUCUUAUAGACGAGAAUCUACACUAAAGAACUAACAAAGAAGUACUUACAAUUAGUAUAUCCAUGCGGUUUAGUAUUUAUAUUAGAAUUUUAUAUAUAUAUACAUACAUACAUGCAUAUAUAUUUAGACCACAUCAUGUGGCUUUACUAAAAAGAAAACUGAACAAAUUAAUACGCAUUUUUUAGCUGCUAUCUCACGCCGCACAAGGCAACAUAGUGCCGAUGAUAAAAACGGCAACAAAGUUACCGAAAAUCUAUUUAUCAAUUUCUAAGUCAACCAACUGCGGGCUGAGGAAGCAAAGGUGUCCUCCCCAAUAUUUUUGUAUACGUAUAACGUUUGAGAAAAUUUAUAUCCCCUAACAUUACUUUUCGAAGAAAAGAGAAAAGCGAAGAAAUAAGAUGAAGUGAUAUGGAGCUGGUAAUUUAUACCGGAACGCACAGUCGAUUAUAUUUUAUAGCUCUUACAAUUAUUAUAGCCUGCGCACGUAUCCAUCAGUAUAAGAUGAGUAUUGUACGGUUUUGUAUUGGAAAAAGCUACAAUAUAUAUACUGAUGAGAA